AGUGUGUGUUGGCAAAGUUUUGUAAACAGUGAGUGAUUAACUUGAAUGCCGGAAAUUGAAAUCCAGAGUUAGUGGUUUAAAGUAUUCGGUAUCGUUCUUAAAAUUGUUACCGAAUUUCAUUAGAGGGAAGUAAUUAAAUAUGGAAGAUCAAAACCAGUCAUAUUUUAAUUUACCUUUAUUCUGGACUGUCACUGUUUGUGGUAUAUUUGGAGCAUUUAUUCCUUUCGUUGUUAAGAUGUUUCUUCAAGUUAUAACUAGAGAAACAGAAAUGGAAGCUAAUCUCCGAAGACAGGCAUGUGAUUUGAAAGCUGAAUUGGGAAGCAUUAGCAUGGUGGAUGAAUUUGCAAAAUAUGCUAAGAUAAAAAGGAAAGUUAGUAAAGUCACUGAUGAACUUACUCAUCAAGCUGACAUGCGGAGUUCUUACACAUUGAAAGUGCGAUUCAUUGCUACUGCUGCCUUGUAUGCUGUUAUGUGUUGCACAGUGAUAUUCUUAUUGUGGAAUUACAGAAAAAUACCUGUUGUUGUAAUGCCUGAAGAUUGGCUUUUCCCUUUAGGUUCUCUGCUAUCUUAUCCAUCAGGCAUUCCUGGUGGCAUUAGUCUCACAUCUUGGUUAUUUAUUAGUGGAACUGUAGGAAGGACCAUGGCCUCAUCUUUGAAUUUUUAAAAUAUCAUCAGAAAAAACACUUUACUUCUCAUUGUACUUUGUUAUGUUGUUCAUAUGUACAUAAUCAUUAUAUGUAUUUAUGUUAGGAGAAUAUUCAUUUUUUUGUUUUUUCUGUUUUUCUAUAAUAUCAAUUAAUGUAUAAAUAUAGACAAUUAUGUAGAUAAAAGUAAUUUAUUUUUGCCUUCAGAA